GAAAACAAUUAAAUCGUUGUUGUAAGAAACUCAUCAACCUUAACAUGCUGCACAUUCUUGUGAUCGGCACUUUCCAAUGUUUUCGGUUUCCUUUCUGUGUAGCCUCUAAGCUACCAUGUCCAACUUCUCAACUCUUAAGCCAAGUUUGUUCCUAUUUCUUCAAUCAAUGUUUCACCAUUCUUUCAACUCUUUUCUGGUUUAAAUCAUCAUUUUUAUCUGAUAAACCCCAUUUUCUUCCAUGUUAAUCGAGACAUUAGGCACUUCAUUGGCAUAAUUUGGUGGGCUUUGUGGGAUCUAAGUGAAGUUUCUUGGCAGUUUCCAUCUUGUUGACUGGCUCUCUAUCUCGAUCAUUUCCGAUCUUGUCCGUCUUUUAAAAGAAAUUAUAGCUCAUUGGUUUGGCUCACCAUUUGCUUUUCCUUGUGUUUAUCUGCAUAGAGUUCUGAGAAUUGAGUUUCAGUCUUGGAGUACUAUGCAUUUGGAUUUACCGGUGAGACAGUGAACUUUGAGAGAGCUUUCCUCCCAUGAUCCAAUUAAGACAAAAGAGUAAAACGAUGAUUUAAAUAGUUGUUCAUGCUAAACUGAUUAAUAUCUAUAAGUUGAACCGCAUUUUCUUGCCCUCUCUCACUGUCUUUCUUUUCAUUGUUAAACUCGAUCCUUGAUUGUUUUUGCAUUUGCAAUAGAGCUUAAUUGCACUAUCUUACAGUAAAUGAUGGAGCCUCUACUUGCCAUUUUGAAUAGGGACUUGAAAUCAACAGAAUGUGUAGUUCAAGCAGUUUUGCCUGUAUUGAAACUCCUCUCUAUAGCUCUAAUUGGGCUACUUCUUUCCCACCCAAAAAUCCAAAUGAUUCCAAGACCUACUCUUAAGCUUCUUAGCAAGCUUAUUUUUGUUCUAUUCUGGCCCUGUUUGAUAUUCACUCACCUUGGUCCAGUCAUUAGUGUGAAGAAAUUCAGUCAAUGGUGGUUUAUUCCAGUGAAUGUUGUCAUUAGUACAGCCAUUGGUUGCAUACUGGGGUUAUUAGUGGCAUUAAUAUGCAGGCCGCCGCCUGAAUUCUUUCGUUUCACGGUGAUCAUGACAGCUUUCGGAAACACGGGAAAUAUUCCUCUUGCGGUUGUUUCAUCAGUGUGCCACAAUGAAGAUAACCCUUUUGGCGAUACAUGCUAUGAUGGAAUUGCAUAUGCAUCAUUCUCCCAAUGGGUUUCUGUUGUUCUUGUUUACACUCUUGUUUAUCACAUGAUGGAGCCACCGAUGGAGUUCUAUGCGGUUGUCGAGGAAGGGAGUACUGAGAUUGAGGAAUUGCCAAGAAAUGAUAUCAGUACUCCACUUCUUAUUGAAGCUGAGUGGGCUGGAAUUGAGGACAGAGAAACCGAACACUGCAAAACACCCUUUAUAGCAAGGCUGUUUCAUAGCCACUCUGGUGUAUCUCAGUCUGAUAUUCCGGAUGUUGAAACGACACAAGAGGAAAGUCCAAGUGGUACCAAGUCAAAUAGGUGUUUGGCUGAGCCUAAUGUAGUUAAAAAGAUUAGAAUUGUUGCAGAACGUACGCCGAUCCAUCAUAUUCUUCAGCCUCCUUUGGUUGCCACUAUAUUAGCUAUUCUUCUUGGGAUCAUUCCACAAGUAAAACCCAUAGUUUUUGGUUCUGAUGCUCCUCUAGACUUCAUCACAGACAGCAUGGCCAUGAUUUCUGAGGCAACGGUACCUGCAGUUAUGCUUGUUCUUGGAGGAAUGCUCAGGGAAGGACCAAAUGAAUCUAGACUUGGCAUUCGAACUACCAUUGGCAUCAUUGUCGCAAGGCUUUUGAUACUUCCGUUGGCUGGGAUUGGAGUAAUCUAUUUGGCUGACAGAUGGAAUUUUUUGAUCUCUGACAAUUCAUUAUACAGAUUUGUGCUUUUGCUGCAAUACACAACACCGAGUGCCAUAUUGUUAGGAGCAAUGGCGAGCUUGAGAGGUUAUGCAGUUAGGGAAGCUUCUGCUCUUCUGUUUUGGCAGCAUGUGUUUGCUCUGCUCUCUCUUUCAUUGUAUCUAUAUGUCUACUUGAAGCUGCUGGUUUCUUUCCUCUAAGGUUCGUUCAAGCAUUUUUAAUUUCAGGGUUUCUUUUGUUGACAUAUGAUUGGCACCAAUUGACUUGCCCUUCCAUCAUCUAAUUGCAGUUCACAAACCGAUCACUUUUCUCUUUUAUGUACAUAAAAUGUUCUGCUAACCAGUUGAAAUUGAUAUCCUUUUGAUUCUUCACCUUAAUUCUCGAGCCAAACAUCAAACUUUAAACCACGAUUAACUUCCUGGAAAUCUGAACUUGAACUGAAAGUGAGAACUGAUCAUUUAAGAUUUCAACAUUUGAUAAGCUGCGGUAAACUGUAGAGUCUAGGCACAUCAAUGUAACAGGAAACAGAAAAUAUCAACUACAGUGUUGCCUUGUUUAAAGUGAGGGAUUUGUGAUAUGGAUUUUAGUCACUUUUUCAACAUAUGCAAGGAGUUAAGAUGAACUGUAGACUGCACAUGAAGCAGCAAGCUGAAGAUUGUUUUGCCAUACAGAUCCAUUGCAGGCUAGAUUUUAAUGAUUCAGCAAUGAGAUUCGAAGGUAGAAAAGAUGUUACAGCUGCAAAAAUUCUUUGGUACGGGUGAUCUCUACUAUAGCCUUAUCAGCAUCAACCAGCAGAUGAAGUUUUUGUGUCAAAAAUCUACAACAGAAUGAUUAUUUUUAAAACUUCCUGUGGGAUUCAUAUUCUUUCAAAUUCAUUCCAUUAUGUUCCUCCUUGCAUAAUCUCCCAAGCAUCUAUUCUUGAAUGGCAGAUAAUUACAUGAGAGUAGGAUGUCGUGUAGUUUAUACAAUCUGUAGACUGAAAUGUCAAUA